UACCUAGUAGGAUUGAUCCAAAAUGUGGAGGCUUAGGAUUGGAGCUGAGGCAGGACAAGACCCUCAUUUGUUCAGCACCAACAACUACCUUGGAAGGCAGAUUUGGGAGUUUGAUGCUAACGCAGGCUCUGUAGAGGAACUUGCCGAGGUUGAGGAGGCUCGACGGAAUUUCACAAACGACCGAUCAAGUUUCAAAGCCAGUGCGAUUUCCUUUGGCGUAUGCAGGGAAAGAAAAUUCAAGCUGAAGAUUCCGCGAGUGAGAGUAGAGAAUGCAGAGAAAAUAACGUACGAAGACGCAAAAACAACACUAAGAAGAGGAUUACUCUAUAUGACGGCGUUGCAAGCUGAUGAUGGACAUUUUCCUGCUGAAAAUUCUGUGACAAUGCAAGCCCAAAAGGAAGUUCUUAAUUCUGAUAUGCAGAGGAAUGAAAAGUUUAUGAUUCAAAGUGUAAUAGCUAGUCCUGCAGUCACAGCCAAAGAAGUUACUCGUGAGACGUUUAGGAAAGAAUCGGCGCAUCUAGUUGAGGAGACUAAACUGAGAGUUACUUAUAUUUUAAUCACCAGUAACACUCUUACCGAUGUCUCUUGCUGUGGCGUUGGAGCUGCUUGCCACGAGCUCGAAAUAGCGACUGGUUACUGGUGGAGAGAAGCCUUAGCAUAACACAAUAUGUAUUAUGAUAUUCAACUAGAUAAUUCCUCUUUUGACAUUUACUACUCAAUUUGUAUCGUUAAACAACUCAACAAAAUAAGCUUCAACAGUACUUCGAGAGCCUCAACAACGCUGUUCUAGAAUCAUAAAUCAGUCAUUAAUAUAUCUCUCACUAGUAUCUGGAAUGAAAUUUUUUUUAUCUU